GACAAUGGAUUAACUGUAUAAAAAUGGAAGAUGCCACUAACAGAAGAAGGGAAGCACACCGAUUGCUCAAUAUGAGAAUAUUACCCGAUCAGUCUGAACUUGAGUCGGCUUGCUGCGCAUUCGGGAGGCGUUCCGAAAUAUGUUUAACUAUCUGCGAUACAAUAUCCGAGUAUAUCAAAACACAGUCGACUGAGAUUGCUGACGUAUGGGCCGCAUACAAAUGCAUCGAUUACAAGAAAAAUAACAAAAUUAAUAUUGUUUUUGUUGUCAUUACAAGGAAUAGCAAUGUUGGCGUCAACAUAAAUCACUAUAACAUUUAUGAAAGGAACACUAAAGUUUACAACGAAGAAAGUAGAAUAGUCUUGGCAGAAGUGGAAAACGGUCAGCAGAACGAUGAUAAAUUUACGGAAGAAGAAGUGGAGGCAUUAGAAAAUUGCAUUUCCGAAAACGCAGACACGUUAAUGGACAAUCACAAAAAUUUAAAUAUCAUAUCCCCAAGUAUGAAAAAAUCUAUAGCUUUUGGCACAAAAGAUGCUAUGAUACACGAUAAGUUAUGUAUUGCUUUGUAUGUUCAUAUCAAGGGUUUAAUACCUGUUGCAGAACUUCCCUUUCCAUCUGACAUUUGCGGCUAUCCGACUGAUGUUUUAGAAGAUGGUUUUACACAAUUUGGUGGUGGACCAUUGGAUUUUCAUCAGAAAUUAAAGAUGGGAUUAGCAAUUCAUGCUAAUGUUAAAAACAACAACGGAGAACUACUUGUAGGAACACUUGAAGGAUUUCUUGACCAUCCAUCAUUUGGUCUUUGUGGUUUAACAUGUGCACAUGUUGUUGUCUCUGGCGAUGAAAUGGAGAAAAUUAAAAACUUAGGAUGCAUAAGCUUAAUGGAAAAUGAUAAACAAGUGUUCCAACCUGUUGAUCAUAGAGCACUAUCAUUUGGACGAGUAGUUUCUGCUGUUUACACCGAAGGUGGUAACGGUAGGAUUGGAAUGGAAGUCGCCCUUUUCGAGAUAUUCGAUAGACAUCCAGUAGAUGGUUCUUUUCCUACAUCCAAAAACUACCGUGACAUAGGAUUUGACGACAGUAACCCUAUGGUUUUCGGUACAGGAAAGGUGUGUAAAAGGUCAAAUAUACGAAAACGGUCUGAGGUCUAUAAAUACGGAAUAAGUACUGAAGUCACAAGAGGGAGUCUUGGAUUACUUGGAUCUGUAGUCAGAACAACGGAAAUGUCUGGUCGUUCGGAAGCGCUUGAAUAUCGUCUCCACAACCAAAUUCCAGUGCUGAGGAUAGAUGGGAAGGAUUUUGCUUUGCCAGGGGAUUCAGGGGCACUUGUUUUCUUUGAUGAUAACUUUGGAGAUUCCGUAGCUAUAGGUGUCGUUGAAGGAGGUCAAAACAACGGCAUAGUGUUUGUUACACCUUUGUAUGAUAUUCUAAGUGCUUUGGACUGCCCUCCUACAAUGAAGAGGUUUAUCCCGCUCAAUUCAGUUUCAACGGACUCAGGGAUGUUUAUGGAAUGUGAUGACACAGAGUACAUGGAUAUGUGAAAACUAUCUUUUAAAACAAAAUCAAUGUAUCGUUUCAGCCAAAUAGAUGUAAUAUAAUACACGGAAAGCCCGAGCGGGGCCUUAGGCCCCGCGAGGGCUAGAAGCACCUUUAGAUAACAUGUAUUACGUAUGUGAAAUAUAUGAAAUAGUAUUUAAAACAAAUGGGAUAAAUAUUUCCAAUACCAUGCAAAUUGAAUUUCAUCUCCAGUUGACAUCGGGGCCGACAUUUUGAAAGUCUUUAUUAUUUAGGCGCUUAUUGGUCAAAGUUAUGCGCAAUGGCUCAUUGAGCCUGACCGGAAAUGAUGACUUUUGGAAAAUUUAAUUACGGCUAUAUUUACGACCAACAAAAUGUGUAUAUUUAUCUUUAUCUAAUUAUUUAGAAGGAAAAAAUACGAUCACAAAUUCGAUAAAUUUGCGAGGAAUUUGUACGCCCUAACUGGAAGCUUUUGUCAGAUUCUUGUUUUUCUAGGAACUGAUGAAUUAGCAUAAUAAACUUAAUGUUUUUUUUUAGUAUUGUAGUUUAGACAUGGAUUGUGCUCAUUUUUGAAUUUUUGUUUUGCUGGUUGAGUAAAUGAAUAACGGUGACUAUCAGAAACCGAUGUUAAAAUGCCUCGAAUCCAAGAGAGAGUUAAUUAAGAAAUAAUAUAUCUCAUCCAGUGAUUUGUCGUUGAAUAAAUCAUUGUUUGGAGUUCAGAUGCGGAGGAAUUAUAUCACGAGGGCGCAGCCCGAGUGAUAUAAUAAUACGCAUCUGAACGACAAACAAUGAUUUAUUCAAGAGCAAAUCACUAAAUGAGAUAUAUUAUUUCGAUUCUAACACGUUACUAAGGAUUUAAGUACAUCCUUGAUUUGCCCGUUUUCGAUCGGUUUCUUUUCCAGCGCGUCGCUUUGCCGUUUGACGCCAUGACGUAAUAAUUGUGACGUCAGAACAGUGAUUUCUUGUAUAAUAAUUCACUGUUUUCUGCCUUCUUUGUUUAAUAGGAAAAUGAAUCGGUUCGUGUUAGAAUCAGAAAUAGAGUUUAAAAAACGAACUUGACAAGUUUAUGUGUAUCAACAGUACUAUGCAUUAGGUUUAAAGUACUACAUACAGUGUAUUCAGAUAAACAUAGUAUAAAUGUGACAGGCUCCUUUAUUAACAAUUAACUGUAACUACAUAACAUUUGAUUAUGAAUAAAGCUCUAUAUGCGAACUUAAUCUAAUAUUUAGUAAAGUAAAUAACAUUGGAUUAAGAUUUUAUACAUUUGAAGUAAAGAUAGUAUUAAGUAUAAGUUUAAACUCAAUUUUGAUUAAAGCUUUAAGUUAAUAAUAAUUCUGUGGGUAGCCCCCUGGACAAAACAUACACUGGUAGCAUGAGGGUUGUUGCACAUUUCAUUACCUUCCCUGAACAACUAAAUUAAACUGCGUCUGCUAUCGCUGUGGUUGCACAUAGUCUAGACUUAUUCAAAUUAUUUUACUGUUUUAUCCACCAAAUUUAUACAUAACACAGUUUUUCAUGAACUGCAUCUUUAUUUAGCUUUUUAACGGGCUUUCCGCGUCAUAGGUGGCAAGUAAUUUCAUAUUAAAAAGUUUACAAUUAUCGACAGUUCAAUUGAAAUUUUUCUUAAAUUGUUCAAUUGCCAUAAGUGUAUCAAUUCGAUUACGAAAUAUCGUCAACCAUUUUAUUAAGUGUAAUUGUUGAAAACGUAAACACCUUAUCGGAAAUAUUUGCGGUAUUUGUAUAUAUCGACGCCCCAUAAUUAGAAGGGCUUAAGUGCUAGUUAUGCCCUUUAUGAAUUAUACAUUUUUUGAAAGUACAUACCAAGGGGCAUAGUUCUAUUAGAAAAUUAGAAAAUUAGAAAGUUUUUCAGAAUCAUAGUAAUAGAAGGGCGUAUCUGCACUUAAAUGUUGUACUAGAAGGGUCGACUUACGCCCUUAAAAUUAGAAAGCGUAUCUGUCAUAAAUAGUUGUUUCUUUUUUUUUUUUUUCGUUUUGCCGAAAACUAUGAUUUUCCACUUACGUCCUUCUAAUUCUGAGGCGUCGGUAUAUCUCUAUAUAUUUUUCAAUACAUAAUUAUGGCUAUCUCACAUGUCACAGGAAUAUUUUCUUCACCGCAAUAGAAUAUUUAAACUGUUACUUGUAGUCACUAAACUAAAUAGGCUGUAAUUCAUUAGGGUUUCCAAACAGAUGUUUCAUUUCAUAAACAAAAUGUUAAAAGAAUUCAAAACGAGGUAAACAUAAUGCUUUAUAUGUAAACGCCAUUAGAGCAGGCUCUUCGAUAAGUCCUAUCAGUCAGACUAAAUAUCAUCAUAUAUGUACGUGCAGCUGUUUUUAAAUUGUAAUUGUAUCUAAUGUUUUUUUUUUUUUUUUGUUUUUUUUUUUUUUUUGUUUGUUUGUUGUUUUUUGUUGUUGUUGUUUUUUUUUGUUUUGUUUUUUUGUUUUGUUUUUUUAGUGUUUGGUAUACAGUAGGUAAAUUAUAAACUUGCAGCUUGAUGGAAUAAACUAUCUGUUAUACAAAGGGGAAGGAAUUUAAGCAUGUGAAUUACUGACAAACGUUUAAAGUGUACUAUUAUUUUGCACCAUUUUUACACGUUACUUUGUCCGAAAAUCGGAAAAUCUUAAGUGUUCAUUACAUAUGAUUAGAUAUGACUUAAUGGAAACUGUGACUGAAAUGUUUGUUUCUGAACUAAUAUGGAAAGUGAAAACCACGACUUUGUCCGUCUUUAGAGCUUUUAUCUUACACGUGUGUAACAUAUUUCUAUUUUUCGCUAAUUCAAUACAAGCAUCUCUGAAAAUCUGAAUAUAUCACCACUAAAGAAAGAGCAGAGGUCAAUUCUUUUAAGUAUUAGUUUAGUCAUAUGAUCAUCAAACAUGCCGUGCUGGUUCACUGUGUGAAGUGUAGUAAAUUUAUUCAAUUCAUAAUGCUGUUUUUAAGUUUUCCUUAGAUAUUGAAAAAAAAAACAGUUCUUUGAUGAACCUUGUAAGAUUGAUUUUUUUUUUGAUAUUAAAAUGAUUUUAAUCAAUGGAAAAUCGACGGUCUCAAAAUAAUACUAUUCAUUACUAGUGGUGUAUUGGGAUAAGGCAUUGUAAUUCCUCUGCUUUAUGACAUAUAUCUUAUUCAAAGUGUAUUUCACUUUUUCAAAAGUGCAUGGCAUUGUUUCACUUUCAUUGUAUUUCUCCUGUGUGUUGUAGCCUGAUUUUACACAGCUUCUAUCUUGUCUGGUGUUUAUUACAUUACUUGUAAUAAAAAGAUUUGUAUCAACAUUUCCAAUCGGAUUUCGGUUAAUGCAUUAAUAAAACUUCUAAUAAAACCAGAUAGACAACG